CUAAAGAGCCCAAACUUUCCAGUAGCUCCACCAGGGUUACUGGCACACCUCAUAAAAGAAGGAAAGAACAAAAGAAAGAAAACAAACAAACUCUUGAUUCUGACACAUUUGUUACAUAGCUAAUUAGUGUGACUUUUCUUUUUGAAUUUCUUUGCAUUUCUAGUGGAGGCCCCUUGGUGUGAAAAAAAAAGAGAAAAUGAUAGCUCUGCUUUGCACCGCUUUGCUUUCCCUGACCCUGGCCAGCAGUGUGCACAGUGAUACCAACAGCACUGCUUCUACACCAGUCUACACAGCAGAGACUGAACUUGGUGAUCAGAACCGGGUGUUUGCCAGUCGCGGCUCCAACAUCACUCUACCAUGCCGGCUCCACCGCCAGCAUGGGAUGUCCUUCGGCCGCAUGGGCAUGAGGAUCAAGUGGACCAAGCUGUCUGCGGACGGGUCACUAGAGGAGGAUGUGCUGGUGUCCAUGGGGUUCCACAAGAAGAGCUACGGCAGCUUCCUGGGCCGUGUCCACCUGCUGGAGGCUGACGAUAAUGAUGCCUCACUGCUCAUCAACGACGUGUCCCUGGACGACAUGGGAAAGUUCAGUUGUGAGGUCAUUGAUGGCAUGGAUGAUGUCAUCCAUGAGGUUACCUUGGAGGUGCAAGGUAGUGUAGGCUACAGCGAUGGUGUGGUGUUCCCUUACUCCCCACGGCUUGGCCGAUACAACCUCAACUUCCACGAUGCUGAGCAGGCUUGCCUGGACCAGGACUCUGUGGUGGCCUCCUUCGACCAGCUCUACGAGGCCUGGAGGAGUGGCCUUGACUGGUGCAAUGCCGGUUGGCUUACCGACGGCUCUGUGCAGUACCCCAUAACCAACCCCAGAGGGGCCUGCGGAGGUGUCAACUCCGGGGCGGGCCUGAGGAACUACGGCCAGCGUGACAAGUCCAAGAGCCGUUACGACGUCUUCUGCUUCACCUCUGCCCUCAACGGCCACUUCUACUGGCUGGUACAGCCUGACAAGCUAACGUUCAACGAGGCUGUUCAGGCGUGCCAGGAUGACGGAGCUGAGAUCGCCAAGGUGGGCCAGAUGUACGCUGCAUGGAAGCUGAACGGUUAUGACCGCUGCGACUCUGGCUGGCUGGCUGACGGCAGCGUUCGCUACCCCAUCUCCAGACCCCGCAGGAACUGCAGCCCGACAGAGGCGGCCGUGCGCUUCGUGGGAUUCCCCGACAAAAAACAAAAGCUCUUCGGUGUCUACUGCUUCAAGGGACAGCAGUGAAGAGGAAAGAGCUUAGCCAUGAGCACCAAACCCAUAUAACCACCAAAUAAAAACAACAAUGACAACAACAACACCAAUAAACAAAAGAUGCAUGUCAGGACUUAAUUUGCAUGAAGUAGCAUCAGCUCAUUAACUUACCAAA